AUGACUCGGAUCCAUGUUAUAUACCUCUUUGAUCAAGCGGUUUUCUAUACUGAGGAAUCUGGUUAUGUCGUUGAAUGCCGCAAUGGAACCCCAAUGCGUCUUGGUCGUUCUGGUGCUCGUGGUCUGGUUUGGCGCUGUCCUCUUCGUAAUUGUUGCAACCGUAGCCAAAAACCAGCACGUUUGGAUUCUUUCUUUUAUAGAUUGAAGGCUCCAUUAGAGCGUAAUUAUGGUGAUUUACCUUUUCUUUAUGGCGCGUACACAUAUGACCCAGCUGGAUAUGAUGACUGGCUUGAACGCUCGGACAUUGCGUACCAUCACAAGGCUCUACUGUCAGUGGAGCAAGACCUAACUAUGGAUGACGUAAAAGCGGAAAGGAUCCCCGAGACUGAUGAACGAAUUAUCGUGGAGAUCGAUGAAAGCAAGUUCGGGAAACGCAAGGAUAACCGUGGUCAUCCCGUUGAUGGCGUUUGGUGGUUCAAGAUCGUAGUGCUCGACAUUGCAGAAGAUUGCCAAGCGAUUCUCGUGUUGAAAGACUCUCACAUCAACACCGAUUGCUGGUCAGGAUACAAUCGUCUUGAUGAAAUACCUGAUAUGAAUUAUGUUCAUUUUCCUGUUAACCAUUCGGAAAACUUCGUUGAUCCAGUGCAUGGUACUCAUACAAACACGAUUGAAGGUACUUGGAAUGGUAUCAAGCAAAAUGUCACUGCGCGACAUCGCACAAAGAAGAUGAUGCCUUGGAAACUGGUCGAAUUCAUUUGGAGGCGCAAGCACGAUGACGACUGCGGGGUGGUAAUCGAUCAAGAUGGUCAAGAUGAGGAUGGUUUUGAAAGUCUUAUCAAUACUAUAUUGGAGGAUCAUCAUGAAGAUGGUCACCGACGUCGUCGACGACGUAUUGAUGACUUGAGUGAUGGCAGGUGCUCAGCUUAUCAGAUCAACUUAGUGAUGAAUCAUCUGAUGAGGAAAGCGAUGAUAGUGGAUGAGGAAGCGAUUAUAUAG